AUGAUUUUACCAACGAAUUACUCUAAUGUUAUUAUAGAAAAAAGUGAAAACUUUAUAAAAUGUAGAUCAAGUUUAACAAAUUUAGAUGAUUGUAAUAAUUGGGUUGCUGAAUUUGGAAAAAUUAACCAUUUAAAAUGGAACUCAAGAUCGUCUAUGCCAAAUGGAAAAAAAAUUACUUGUUCAAAAAAAUUUGUUUGUCAUCAUAGUACUUUCCAAAAAGUGUCUAGGGAAGAAAAUAAAAAAGGUAAUUCUAAAAAUGCUAACUGUUCUGCAACUAUUACUUGUGUUAUAAAGCUUGAUACGUUAGCAACUAGAAAAUCAGACACUUUAAUAAAGAAUGGACUUCGUGGAAUUAUAACUAUAAAUAAUAAACACACCCAUAGUUUAGAUACUGCUGAAACUUUAAGAUUUAUACCAGCAGACUUAAAAUUAAAAAAUACAUUUUUUGAGUACUUCAGUUCCAAUAUGGGAAUUUCUGAAGCUCUUAAGUAUCAUGAGGAUAUUUUGGAGUUAAAAGAUAAUUUUUCAUUGGAAGACUUAGCAAAUGGAGCUAUUAAUCCAACAUAUAGAACAGUUCAGUAUUGGCAUGAUGAAUGGAGAAUUAAGAACUUGGGUCCACGUUCUGGAAUUGGAAUGAUUGAAAAAUUAAAAGAAAAAUUGAAUAUAUAUUCAGAACAAAAUGUAAUUGUCAAAUUUGUUGAAGAUCCAUUUGCUCUUCUUAUUGUUACUCCUCUUAUGCAAAGAGCUCAUGAAUUAAAAUCUUCAAAGUGGUAUAGUAUUGUUGAUAGCACUAGUGCAUGUGACGCUGAAACCAUCAAUAACCUUUAUAUUAACUCCAUGUGCAGCAGGAGCGGUACCAUUAGCAAUUAUAAUUACAAAAGGUCAAUCUUUUUUAGCAUAUAG